UAUACAAAAAAGCUUUAGAAUCAUCACCACACCACAUUAAUCCUAGUCCUAACAAGUAAAAGUCCCCUUUGCCUGACACUUUCUUGUCCAGGGGCUCAAAAUUCUCACUACCCUUUUGGCGUCACAGGUAGAUCAGUCUCUACCACUACAAACACCAGUUUCAUUUUCAUUCCUCCGAGCCAAAACUAGGGUUUUAGCCACCAAAGCUAGGGUUUCAAAGAUGGUCGCUGAACUUGGAAAGAAAUCAAAGGUCGCCGAGAGACCUGAGGAGGACGAUCCCGACCACAUUGACGGUGAACUCGUCCUCUCCAUUGAGAAAUUGCAGGAGGUCCAAGACGAGCUCGAGAAGGUUAAUGAAGAAGCCAGUGACAGAGUAUUGGAAGUUGAACAGAAGUAUAACGAGAUACGAAGGCCUGUUUAUAUUAAACGGAAUGAGAUCAUCAAAUCUAUUCCUGACUUUUGGUUGACUGCUUUCUUGAGUCAUCCUGCACUAGGUGAUCUAUUAAGCGAGGAAGACCAAAAGAUUUUCAAGUAUUUAAAUUCUCUUGAUGUGGAGGAUUUUAAAGAUGUGAAGUCAGGAUACUCAAUUUCAUUUAACUUCAAGCCAAACCCUUAUUUUGAAGAUGCAAAGCUGACCAAAACAUUUACAUUCUUUGACGAAGGAACGACUAAGAUAACUGGUACAACCAUCAAGUGGAAGGAAGGCAUGGGCAAUGCUAAUGGAGUUAAUCAUGAGAAAAAAGGAAACAAACGGCCAGCUUCUGAAGAGAGCUUCUUUACCUGGUUCGGCGAGACUCAACAGAAAGAUAUUGUGGAGGGGCUUCAUGAUGAGGUGGCAGAGAUAAUUAAAGAGGAUUUGUGGCCUAAUCCUCUCAAAUAUUUUAACAAUGAUGCUGAUGAAGAAGACUCUGAUGCAGAUGAAGAUGAUGAAGUGGAAAGAGGUGAUGAUGACGAGGAAAAUGAUGAUGGCGAAGAUGGUAAUGAGGAAGAAGACGACUGAACUGUCUGGAUGCCUUUUGUUUUGCUCUAUUUCAUCGCUUUGCUCAUGGCAGUGCCAUGCAUAAUUUUCAGUUACUGCAAACCUUGCUGUUGACAAGGAUUAAGAACCAUAUUUUGUCGACUGUGGUAGAAUCUUUAGCUAAACAACUUGCUGCUGCUUCAGUUAUAUACAAAUAUAAUGAUAUAUAUAUAUAUAUAUAUAUAUAUCAGGUUUUAUGUUAUGAAAGACUUAUUUUUGCUCUGCCA